AUGAAACCGACAUGUAAUAUAGAAACCGCUGCGGAAAGUUUUGAUAAAGAACAACUAUCGACAGAUACUACAGAACAUAAGAUGGAAACUAGCAAAAAGAAAGGAUCAUGGAUAACUGUACAGAAAAAGAAAUAUCCUGAGAGGCAAGUCUUAAGAGAAGGAAAUACUGGUACAGGAAAUAUUCAAGUGGAAGAAGAGUUAGAGGUGCGCGCGGCUGAGCCAAUCGUGCCGCCCGACCCACAUUAUCCGCCGCUCGCUACUGCGGUGCCAGCGGGGGCGAGCGCGGUGCGGCGGCCAGCCACCGCCCGCGCCGCUGCUGCACGCAUACUGGAUGCAAUUUCUAUAAAGCAAACUUUUCGCUAA